CUGCCAACAGACGAAAAAAGCUGUUUGUUUUAAAUGUUGUGCCUUCGGUUAGACAAAGUUUGUGUGUUAAAAAUUUUACAAUACGUUUCACUUAAAACAACGGUACUGAGUGACGCUGACGUUUUAGCAUUUCAGCGAAAUUUAGCUGUUUUUAACAAGGUAUUAGCUUAGCAGCACUUAGCAGGCUGUAACGUGUCCGUUUUAGAAGAACUGUGGGAUUUGUUUUCCCAGUUCAAGUUACGAGUCGGCACUCUCUGAUCAUUGGUUCUCUCAGAGUGAGAUCAUGUCACGGCGCAGCCUUCACCUCCGCACAUCUGCCAACUGUGGCAAUGAAGGCAUGCUUGACCGCAGCCUGCCACACAGCAGUGCCUCCUACAGUGUGGGAGGACCCAGCUGGAGAAGCACGAAGUCACUGAAGUCGCGGCGUUCUCACACAGUCUCUUGCUCAGAGUCUCUACUCCAUCAACACACUCCAUGCAAACACAACAGCAGCCUUCACAGUGUGGCCUCAGACGCCUCGCUGCUGUCCUCACUACUAGACGAGUCCAGUAUCCAGGAAACCACUCUGGUUGAAGGAUUAUUAGGUUUGGACCAGGAGGAUGAUCAUAAAGAAAGCACUGUGCUUGCAGACCAGAACUCUGUGAUUAGCCGUUCACAUGGAAGCUGUCUGAAACAUGCGGGUCAGACCCAGGCCCCCGCGCUUAGCAAAAAGUACUGCAAAGACUGCGAGCCUCAUUCUGACAGAAAGGAGGAAUGCACCGCUUCAGCUGCAGCCUUCUCAUCAGGACCCACAGACUCCGAACAUUCCUUCAUCUACAGCCAGGACAAGAGGCACAAGAGGAUGACAGCUCACAGUUACCGUGGAGGGGUCAUGAACCUGAAGACCACAAGCCAGGACAGUCAUCCCACCACAUCUCUAUGGCGGACAGCAGCUGAAGUCUUCAAGUGGUUCAGAAAACAAUGGCAUCACAUGACCAAUAGGUUCCUUCUGAUUGGGUGUUUCCUCAGACUUCUUCUGGUUCUGGUUUCACUGCUUCUCUUCAGUAUUUGCUGGUGUCAUCUGACAGUCAGAACUGUGGACGAACCCAAAGUUCUACAGACAGAGUCUCUUCACAGUGAACCUCCAACCACAGACGUGCCGGCAGGAACCCAGCAAGACAAAAACCCAGUGAUGGAUGGCUCUGUGCGGCUCGCCGGUCUGGAGCAGAGUCUGCAGGCACUGUGGGAGUCAGUGAUUGCAAGUGGGCGGCAAGUGGAGGAGAAGCACAGCGAGAUGUCCCAGCUGCAGCACCGCCUCCAGCAGCAGCUCCUCUCUGCCCAGAGUACCAUCAAGGACCUCAAACCCUGGCUAGCCAGCCAGCUGGGCCAACAGCUGCAUCACCUUAGAGGCCAACUGUCUAAGGAGAGAAUCCAGCGGGAGCAGAUUCGACAGCGGGAUCUGCUGAUGCAGCAGCAAUGGAUGUCUUGUCUGGACCAGUUGGAGCUGCAGCUGCGCCGCAUGGAGGAGAUUGAGUCAAGUCGGCGUGAAGCUUCAACGGUCUCACUUGAAACUCUUCACACUACUGAUGGUGUUUGUGUGGAUCGUCAGUCCCAUGAUGCUUUGCUGGCAGAGGUGAAGCAGCUGAAGGCGGCUCUGGAAGACAUGAAGGAGGCUCUUCACAGAGUUUCUGAGCUUCAGGAUGAUGGCAGCCUGGAUAGAAUCCAGCAGACGAUUUCUGCUCAGGUCCAUGAGGAGGUCUGGGGUCUGAUCUACGGCAACCAGUUGAUGUUGGAGGGCGGGGCCGCAGGAGAUCCCCACUCCCUGCCGGAGUCCUUUUUGCAGUGGCUGUCACAGCAUUAUGUGAGCAGGGUGGACCUGCAGGCUUCGGUGGCCUCACUUAAGCUCAACAUCAUCGAGAACAUCAGCCUUUACCUGGAACGGCACCAGGAUGAGGGAACAGUCAGAGACACUGUUGUGCAAACCACCACCGGGGGCGCUGUCACUGAGGAGGAAGUCCAUGUCAUCGUGAAGAAUGCUCUGCGACUGUUUUCCGAGGACCGUACCGGUCUGGCUGACUACGCCCUGGAGUCUGGAGGGGGCAGCAUUCUAACGACUCUGUCCUCUGAGACCUAUAAGUCGAGGGCGGCCCUGAUCAGUCUCUUCGGUAUUCCUCUUGGUUAUUUCUACCACACACCUCGAACUGUUAUCCAGCCGGACGUGUAUCCAGGAAAUUGCUGGGCCUUCAGAGGAUCCAGCGGCUUCUUGGCGAUCCGCCUCUCCAUGAUGAUCAUCCCCACCGCCUUCUCCAUGGAGCACCUCCCCAAAGCCCUGGCUCCCGGCGACACGUACCACAGCGCCCCGCGACAGUUCAGCGUUUAUGGUCUGGAUGAUGACAGCCAGGAAGAGGGAAAGCUCCUGGGCAGUUACACCUACGAUGUGGAAGGAGAGGCAGUCCAGACCUACCCGACCUCUGAGGAGAACAGCCGAGCCUACCAGAUCAUCAAGGUCCAGGUGUUGUCCAACUGGGGCAGUGAGGACUAUACGUGCAUGUACCGCUUCAGAGUGCACGGGACACCCAGUGGCCAGUGAGAGAAGGCGCUGCUGUGGCGUUUAUUCAAACCACACAACAGAACCUCAU